AUGACAGAUGAAGAUAAAACAAUUGAACGUGCAGAUUCCGAACCUUCCACAGAGGUGAGUCACACAAAACAGGAGGAGCCUGUUAUGAACCUCAGGAGUGCAGAUGGAAGUGAACCAACAGAAGAAAGUAACCUACUAAGCAGCAGUGAAAAAAGGCCGCAAGAAACACCAACUGAAUCAAGUCAUGUGCAGAGACUGAGACAAAGAUUUGCUCGCCGUCCACGUGGAUCACUGGUUAGCAAAAUAAAAUUUGCUACCAAGGAUUUUCUUCUGUGGGCUGUAGUUUGGUCAGUUAUGAUCGGUACAGUUCUUCCUGGAGUAAACCCAUCUGGAAUCAUAAUCCUAUUGUUUUUUGCCUUUCUUGGAGAUACACUGUUCUGGCUCAUUAAGUUAACUACAUUGCCUCCACUGCCUGGUUUCCUUGGUGGGACGCUUGCUGGGUUUCUCAUCAGAAACAUCCCAGUCAUCAGUGAUAAUGUGCAGAUCGAGCACGAGUGGUCUUCCUCUGUGAGAAGUAUAUACCUAUCUAUCAUUUUGGUUUAUGCCGGCCUUCAGCUGGAUUCAGAGGCCCUGAAGAAGUUGAAGGGUGUUUGCGGGAGACUAUCCAUGGGUCCUUGUCUUGUGGAGGCAUGCGCAUCUGCUCUUCUUGCCCACUUCCUAAUGGGUUUACCAUGGCAAUGGGGAUUUAUACUGGGUUUUGUUUUAGGUGCUGCAUCUCUAAGCGUUUUGGCGCCUUCAGUGCUCCUUUUGGAGAAAGAAGGCUAUGAUGUUAAAGAUGUCCCGACCUUCCUCCUGGAUGCUUACAGCUUCAAUGCCAUUCUAGCCAUCACUGGCUUUAACACGUGCUUGGGCAUAGCAUUUUCCACAGGCUCCACAAUUUUUAACGUCCUUAAGGGAAUUUGGGAGGUCGUAACCGGUGUGGCAACUGGAUCUCUUCUUGGAGCUUUUAUUCAUUACUUUCCAAGCAGUGACCAGCGCGUUCUUGACUGCAAGAGAAUAGUCCUUGUUCUGGGGUUCUCUGUGCUCACUGUUUUCAGCAGUGUAUAUUUUGAUUUCCCGGGAUCAAGAGGACUGUGCACGUUCGUCAUGGCCUCCCUUGCAGGCAUAGGAAGGACAAGGAACAAGGCAGAGGUUGAAAAAAUAAUUGGAUUUGCCUGGUUCGUGUUUAAGCCCCUUGUUUUUGUACUGUUCGGAGCAGAGGUAUCUGUUGCAUCUCUCAGACCAGAAACUGUUGGCCUUUGUGUUGCCACCCUGGGCGUUGCAGUAUUGAUACGAAUUUUGACUGCAUUUCUGAUGUUGUGUUCUGCUGGUUUUAACAUAAAGGAAAAGAUAUUUAUUUCUUCGGCAUGGCUUCCUAAGGGCACAGUGCAGGUUGCGUUAGGAUCUGUGGCUUUGGACACAGCAAGAUCAUAUGGAGAUACACAGCUGGAAGACUAUGGAAUGGAUGUGUUGACAGUGGCAUUUUUGGCCAUUCUCAUUACAGCCCCGAUUGGACACCUGCUUAUUAGUUUUCUGGGCCCCAAGCUUCUCCAGAAAGCUAAACAUCAAAAUAAAGAUGAAGAAGUUCAAGGAGAGCCUUCUGAACAAGUUUAGAGGUGAAAAGAGACAAUGCUGAAUAUAAUAAUUAGAAAACUGCUACCAGAGCCUACUUUAUCAAGAUGGAAGUUGAAAUAUGUAAUGUUUAAGCUUAAAAUGCAAUAGAACCAUAAGUGUAGCUAUUUUUUUACAAUGGUGGUAAUAUUCUAUAUCUCCAAUCCUGAUUGCUGUACCAUCUUUUUUUUUU